UUUAGUUGGCCUUUCGCUUUCCCUGCCACCGUCUUAAAAGUACCCAACGCGCCUCUGCCACCUUCCUUCCACUGUAAAAAGAUGGAAGGAGGGCAUAUUUCUUUCUUACAGCAUGAUAUCAGGGAGUAUGGGGCGUAUUGGAGGCCAUCAUAGGCCACUGCACCAGCUUUCCUACUCACACUGUUCAAAGCUUAUACGGCAGGGAGUGAGGCAAGAGAGUUCGCUCACUGUCACCAGCGGCAGAUGGCCACUCUUCUCCACCUACUCAUCUUCCACCUCUUUCUUUACUCUGCAUCAAGAGCUCAGAUGCCUGGUUUUUUAAGUUUGGACUGUGGAGGAACAGAUAAUUAUACAGAUGAAAUUGGGCUUGAGUGGACUGCUGACAAUCAGAUUACUUUUGGUCAGACUGCCAGCAUAUCUGUUCCAGGUGAGAAGAGAAGGCAAUAUAUGAAAGUACGAUACUUCCCUGCGGACAGCAAGAAGUACUGUUACAUGUUGAGCAUGAAAGUUAGAACCCGCUACCUCAUAAGAGCAACUUUCUUGUAUGGGAACUUCGAUAGAAGCAAUGUUUAUCCAAAGUUUGACAUAUCUCUUGGGGCAACUUAUUGGUCGACCAUUGUGAUAUCUGAUGCAAACACUAUCGAAGUUCAAGAGGUAGUUAUGUUAGCAUCUUCUCCAACAGUUAGUGUGUGUCUAUCAAAUGCCACUACGGGGCAACCAUUUAUCUCAACACUUGAGCUUCGGCAGUUCAAUGGUUCUCUAUACUAUACAACAUAUGAAAAUCAAUUCUUUCUCUCUCUGGCCGCAAGAAUAAACUUUGGUGCAGGGAGCAGUGAUCCUGUAAG